UCUUGUCGUCGUUUUAGUUCAAAUUUAUACUAAAAACCAUAACAAAAAUUUAGGAUCGGAGGAAUAGUAUUUUACAACGAAAAAACCCUGUUAAACUCGUCAUUUGCGCUUAAAUCAGCAAACUGAACAUGGGCAUUAUGGACAUUGCACUUUCAUCCGUGUGCAGCCACGGUUUCGCUGCCAUCCUAAACGAACAACAGGUCAGGUUCAGUUCCAACCUUGCAGCUCCAGCAAAAAAUUAGCUUUUUUUAGCAACAGCCGGUUUGAGUUUAGCUCCGGUCAAAGGCAGCCGGAGAGUGGUACGGUUCGAUGCGGACGGAAAAAGACGCUUGUGUUUUGUUUUCCAAGAUUUUUUUAUCCGAAAUAGAAAAUUCUGAGUAGCCUGAGUUGGAUGUUAACACGGCCUGGCCCAAGCCCAGUUUCUUGGACGGACCAGUCUUGCAAUUUGAUAGCCCAGGCUUGCUACCUCAACGUUAACUGUCCAGCGCUGCGGGUCCAACUGUGACUCGUGCUGUCUCUUUCUCGAAGCCCCGGCGAAGCGUCCCCGCGCGAAGGGAUGGUGUCCUUGCCGGAGCAGCUGGAGCGCGAGCUCUCCGGACGCGGCCUCGCCAUCGCCUCCAUUCCUGGCAAGGGACGCGGCCUCGUUACUACCCGCAGAUUCUUCCCCGGGGAAGUCAUUCUUUGCGGAGAACCCUAUGCUUCUACACCUAACAAGAUUUUGGUUGGGUCGAACUGUGACCAUUGCUUCACCUCUAGUAACCUGAGGAAGUGCUCAGUUUGUCGGGUAGCUUGGUACUGUGGGAGCGUUUGCCAGAAAGAAGAAUGGAAACUGCAUCAACUUGAGUGUCGAGCGAUCUCAGCACUUACAGAUGAUAGGAAAAAGAUGCUUACUCCUACAAUUCGUUUAAUGGUGCGACUUAUACUGAGAAGAAAACUGCAAAACGAAAAGGUAAUUCCAUCUACAGGAACAGAUAACUACGGUCUAGUGGAUGCAUUGGAAUCCCACAUAUCUGAGGUUGAUGAUAAACAACUGGUCCUCUAUGCUCAGAUGGCCAAUCUUGUGCAGCUGAUUCUUCCUGCAAUCGAACUUGAUCUUAAGGAAACUGCACAUAUUUUUUCUAAGUUUUCCUGCAAUGCUCAUACGAUAUGUGAUCCUGAACUGAGGCCUGUUGGGACUGGAUUGUUCCCUGCUAUAUCAACUAUUAACCACAGUUGUGUACCAAAUGCAGUUUUGCUAUUUGAGGGUCGGACUGCUUAUGUCCGCGCAUUGCAGCCCUUAAGCAACAAUACUGAGGUAUCAAUAAGUUACAUUGAAACUGCAGCAACCACUUUGAAGAGACAUAAUGAUCUCAAGCACUACUUCUUUACCUGCACAUGUCCCCGCUGUAUUAAGGGUUCUGAGGAAGAUCCUCUCCUUGAGGGAUACAGAUGCAAGGACCAAAAUUGUGAUGGCUUUCUGCUGCCAGACUCAGGAAAGAAGGCUUAUACAUGCCAGAAAUGUAGCAUGUGUAGAGAUGGAGAAGAAGUAAAGAAGCUUUCAAGUGAAAUACUACUAUUAUCUGAUAAAGCUUCUUCAUUUGUUUCGUCUGGAAAUAAUAAUGAAGCAGGCUCAGUGUACAAGAUCAUCGAGCAGUUAGAACGAAAGCUUUAUCAUUCUUUCUCAAUCACUUUGCUGCACACACGCGAAACACUUCUGAAGUUAUAUAUGGAAUUACAAGAUUGGCGCAGUGCAUUGAUGUAUUGCAGAUCGACAAUUCCAGUGUAUGAAAGAGUUUACCCACCUUUUCAUCCAAUGGUUGGAUUACAAUUCUAUACUUGUGGAAAGCUUGAAUGGUUGCUUGAGUACACAGAGGACGCUCUAAAAUCUUUAACUAGGGCAGCAGAUGUACUUCGGAUAACACAUGGCACAAACUCCCAAUUCAUGAAGGAGCUAUUCGGCAAGCUGGAGGAAGCGAGAGCUGAAGUUUCAUUUAGACUAUCACCUGGAAACGAGCAAAUUUCAUGAGAAGAUGCAAUUGACCACGAUGGCAAUGUUGAUACUUGAUACAAUGUUCACAUAUCUAAGGAUAGCACAUUAGUACCAUCUAGACGAUGCCUAAAGAUAACAUAUAUGGUAGCGACAUUGAGAUCUAACAUUUCCUCAAGGGGAUGGAGACAAAGGUGAUUGAAUUGAUCAUCCAGUGACCAUUUUCACUACAAUCGGUGUGCCUUUAUCUGCUGUUACAUGGAUAAGAUGUUGAUGUACCGAACUUGCUCUGGUUUCUUCUUUGGGUGAUCUCCCUCCACACACAAACGCUUGACUUUUUGUCUGUAACUGAAAAUGUCACACAGUAAGACCUAAGAAACGUGGGCUCCUGGCAUUUACUAUUGGCAGGCUAGAAGUUACCAGAGAAGAUGUACACUGUUUAUUUCUUCUUAUUAAUAGUUGUAGAAUGUGUACACCCUUUUCUUCUUUCUUUCUUCAAAAAACAUAUGUAACAGUCUCUGGAGGCUGGACGCGCAAUUUUGUGGAUAAUUCAACAUAUUCA